AACCCCUAUUCCUUUGCAUGGAUGACAAACGUAACCACACGCAAUAAAAGCAGGCAAAAUUUUUUUUGCAACACCCGGCCGUUUUCCGUUUUUCCCGCGCGUGCAGAAAUAACUUUGCUGUUUUGGAAAUAUACGAAUUACAGUCUUGUAAACCCGUCAGAAGAAGUUGAAGGUAUUCUUAUUUGUACCCUCUGGAUAGAAAGGCUGAAAAUAUAAGACGCAAGGUGCAAAACAUUGCAGUGAAAUUAUCAUAAAUUGCCGGUUGUAUAUACAUAUAUUAAAGUUGUUAACUAUAUUCACUAUCGGCAAAGAGUACAAGACCACACAAAACACUCUUCAUCUAUCAAACAUUACAAUUUACCAUAAAUAUGCCGCGAAUCGCAAUGCGCAGAAAGGCCGCCACACCAGUCGGUAAUAACAACAAUGAAGAAAUUGAUGCACCAAAACGCAAACUACAGCGUGUCGGUUUCCAGCUGCCAUUACCAGAGAGACCACAUGUAGUAGGUCGUGCACUAGUGUGUGGACAAGGCGAUAUGGGCCAGUUAGGGCUUGGCGAUGAUGAAUCAAAAUUUGAGCGUAAACGACCGGCUCUUGUAGAUACUAUUGAAAAUGUUGUGGAUGUACGUGCAGGCGGUAUGCAUAAUCUUGUGUUGACAAGCGAUGGGACAGUGUACUCUUUCGGAUGUAAUGAUGAAGGAGCUUUAGGACGUGAUAGCAGCGAAGAUGGUUCAGAAUUCGAACCGCAUACAGUUGAACUACCUGGUAAAGUACUUAAGAUCUCUACGGGUGAUUCACAUUCUGCAAGCUUAUUAGAGGAUGGCCGCGUUUUCGCUUGGGGUUCAUUCCGUGACUCACAUGGAAAUAUGGGUCUUACUUUGGAAGGAAAUAAAAGACUUCCCAUCAAUGUUUUACCCGAUACAAUAUGUUGUGACAUAGCUUCCGGUGCUGAUCACUUAGUUAUACUUACUUGCAGCGGAAAAGUAUUUACCGUAGGUUGUGCGGAGCAAGGUCAAUUAGGACGUGUGUCCUUGCGAUCUGCGACUGGUGAAAGUCGUCGGGGUAAAACAGAACUGCUUCGUCCAGGCGAAGUAAUUAUUAAACGUGGCAAACCCGUGGAGGCAAUUUGGGCAACGAAUUACUGUACAUUUUUGAAAGAAUCACAAACCGGUAAAAUUUGGGCAUUCGGCCUGAAUAACUACAAGCAGUUGGCCUACCCUAAAGAUUUAGCAACUAUAAUUAAUCCAAUCGACACGAAAUUCGAGAAUAUAAAGCAAAUUGCUGGUGGACAACAUCACACAUUAGUACUUAAAAAUGACGGCAAAUGUUAUUCUAUUGGACGCAGUGAUUACGGUCGCCUCGGAUUAGGUACUUUGAAUGGUGACAUUACAGAGUUACAAUCAAUUAAAGGUUUGUCAGAUAAAUUCAUCGUUUGCGUAUCCUGUGGCGAAGCGCAAUCCUUUGCGUUAAGCGAUGAUGGAAAACUGUUUUCUUGGGGUAUGGGUUCUAAUUACCAGCUUGGCACAGGGUCGGAUGAUGACGCGCUCGAGCCCGUACAGAUUAUAAGCAAACAAACAGAAGGCAAACGUAUAAUACGAGUUUCCAGUGGAGGUCAGCACAGCAUAUUCUUAGUUGAAAAUGAAGUUCAGCCCUCAAAAUCGGUAACAAAGAAAGCACCAGCAGCAGCAGCAGCAGCAGCACCCGUUAUCAAAGAAAAAGAAACCAACGAGGAGCAGGAAAAAAUAACUACCACGCCGUCAACAGUGUCAAAUGGUGAUACCAAUAUCGAUGAAAGUAAGGAGACUGAAACACAGCAGAAACGAGGACGCAAAAAGAAAUAAGCCCUUGAAACCCAUAAAACACAAAUAAGUUAUAAUCUGUUUCUUAUAUUCUUUGUUUAAUAUUGAGUCUUUGACUGUUAAUAAAAUAGAUCGUAAAUUACUUAGUUAUUGACUAAUGCAUGCAAAUACAGACUGGUAUGCUGCUCCUUCAUUAUUGUUUUUUAAUCAAUUUGUAGAAUAAUUCUCUUCAUAAUUAUGCAAAUAAAACAUAAUAAUACGCAAUGAAGAAGAAGAAAUACUUUUUGUACAACUAAAAUAUGUAGUUCAUUUUGGGUCCUAAUAAAAUAUGAAUGAAAUAAACGGA